AUGUAUGGCUGUGGUGUAAUGAUCCUCGAAGGAUGGGCUGGUUGCAUCCCAAGAAGGUCGGCAUCUUUGCGACAGGGUUCCCUGAGACUUGAGAGUGUUGGGGAGCCGGAGCGUGUGCGUAUGGCGACAACUCGUGACAGUGGUGCGAAACAGUGUCUUGAGUAUCAAUGUGGCAGUUCGAGCAGCGUGGCUGAUCGCACUGGAGGCAGAUGUCGUCAAGGCCUAGCCGGUGAGGUCCAGCGGAGCAAUCGCAGCAGUACCAGACUCCAGACAUGGUGGCAGAUGAUGUUCGAGAGAGCCAGGCCCCAAGGCGCCCUCGCCAUGGUUGUGGCUGAUCUCACGAAAAGGCGCCCUCCUAGCCUUCAUCUCAGUCAUCAAGCAGGUGCAAUGCCUGAUCAACGUCGGGGCCAUUCAGACAUCGUAAGAUAUGCUGUCCGAAUGUUGACUCAAAACAUUCUAGGGUCCACCGGAUACCUUCGCGAAAGGCGGAAUCCGGCGAGGCUUGGAGGCUCUCUUUUUUGCCCGGGAGCGCGCGCCCACUCCGCCCAUGCCCUUUUCCUUCCCUCUCUAUGGCUUAAUUCCUCCUUUCGAGGGAAAUUCGAUUAUUAUUCCCAAAGAAAAUUCGCCCUUUUUGUGCUUAUUCCCCUCUUUUCCCCUUUGCUUUGCCCUCCCCCCUUCAUUGCUUCUGGACUCGCGGACUAUGACACUGACACUGCGGGACCUGGGCACCUCCAUUCUACGCUAUGUUGCCUGGUUGCGGCCUUGAAGGGGGCUCCACUUUGGUCAACAGCGCGCGCAAAUACAAUUCAGGCAACAUCGUGCCCUCCUAUUCGUGAUGCUUCCGUCGGUCAAGCGUUCGCGACUCCUGCUGCUCCAAGUAAGCAGGCACCCAUACUAGUUCUGCCUAAGCCAUCAAAGCCCUUCGAUCACCCGGGCACAUGCCCUGCCAAAAUGACGUCUUGCCCACCUCGAACGAUGACUGAGUGCAUUACAAACCUCAGGUUUAGGUUUGUCAUCGUUUGUUCUCUUGUUCUCUUUCGCACUUUGGUCUUCCUGCUUGCUCUGUCACUUUCUUUCCUGUACCGCCCUCGUUUCCCCCUAGUGCUCCCCGUGCCUAUUUUCGGCUUCUCCGAUCUCCCGCAUGAGGCUCCAUGUCAUGUGCAGCCAAGGCGGCCGACGCUGACUCCCAUCGGCUCCAUCGCAACUCUACACGGUGCACCACCUACGGCAUUGCCCGUAUUGACGGCACAGCAAUGGUACAACAACUGCGGGGAAGCUGUAGAUGUCAAAUUAAUUCGUGAUCUCACUGCGCAUCGGACCAUCCUGGCGAAGCCUGGAAGUUUUCAGAGCAACGGCGCACCGCAUUUUAGGAUAUCACACGUCCUGAAACAAACUGAAAACAGUCCCGCAGGUCAUAUCAUACACGUGUCGAUAUCUAUAUCGAUGUCAGCGUACAAGACUGUCCCGAACAAGCAGACUGUCCCACAUUCUCUCGUUUGCCCUGUUUGCACAUGGUGCCUGUCACGUUCCUGGAAGCCUAACACUGCCAUUGCAACCUCUUGCCAACUUCGGCUCUGGUCCCCAUCGUCGCAUAUUGCUUCACACGGGCUUGUUUGUCGCACUGUUAUCUCGCUCCGUGGAAGCUGUAUAUACUUUAUGUUAAUAUGGAUACAUAUGCGGGUCGACUUCCCUGAAACUGGCUAG